CAUGCGGUCGAUUGCUCGUUAAAAAUAAGUAUAAAGCACAGAGUAAUGUGAAAUAAGUACAGUUAAUAGCAGUGGGGGCAAAUACCGGUUUGCCUUACGUUCUAACUCGCUCAAAUAAACACUCUUUUUUCAUUUGUUUUAAAACCGCAACCGUAAUGCACUAUUAAAACAUGGCAGUAUAAAUAAAAAAAAAGAGUAAUAUUUGACAUUCCAUGUUCGAUUUUCAUUAGUGUUAGUCAUAAAAAAUAAGAGGUGACUGGCCAAAAAUUAUUUUCUUUUCGUGCAAAGGUGACUUAAAAAAAGUUAUAAUUGACUUUGGCGGGAACGUCUUGGUGACAUUGAAAUUUUUAUAACUUGUUUUGUAUUUUUUGUGUGUAAGUUAUUAAUAAUAUAAUGGCGUGUACGGUGUGCAUGAAUCCCGAUGGGAAACCGGUUAAAAUGAGAAAAGAGCGCGAUACGUUUGGAGAAUUGGAUGUGCCCGAUGACAAGCUGUAUGGAGCGCAGACCGUCAGGUCUGUCCUGAACUUCCCCAUCGGCGGCAUCGAGGAACGCAUGCCGUACCCGGUGAUCGUCGCUUUUGGUAUUUUGAAGAAGGCUGCGGCAAAGGUGAACGUUGAAUAUGGCCUUGAUAAGAAAAUAGCGGAAGCCAUAAUACAGGCGUGCGAGGACGUCAUAUCCGGCAAGUUGUACCGCGAGGGUCACUUCCCUCUCGUCAUCUGGCAGACAGGCUCCGGUACUCAGUCCAACAUGAACACCAACGAGGUUAUAUCGAAUCGUGCCAUCCAAAUCUUGGGUGGUAAACUUGGCAGCAAGGACCCUGUACAUCCCAACGAUCACGUGAACAAAUCCCAGAGUUCGAACGAUACCUAUCCGACCGCGAUGCAUAUAGCCGUGGCUCUGGAACUCCGCGAUCGGCUCAUGCCCGGACUUGUAGCCCUGAGAGACACACUGCUGGCGAAAUCGAAGGCUUUUGAUAAAAUUAUCAAGAUUGGCCGGACUCACCUGAUGGACGCCGUACCGCUGACGCUAGGCCAGGAGUUCAGCGCGUACGCGACGCAGCUCACGUACGGCAUCGAGCGCGUGUGCAGCACGCUGCCGCGCCUGCACUACCUCGCGCUGGGCGGCACCGCCGUCGGCACCGGCCUCAACACACGGCCCGGCUUUGCGGAGAAGUGCGCCGCAGAGAUAGCCUCCCUCACAGGUAUCCCAUUUGAGACUGCACCUAACAAGUUCGAAGCGCUCGCGUGCCACGACGCGAUGGUGGAAGUAUCAGGCGCUCUCAACACUGUCGCCGUGUCGCUCAUGAAAAUCGCCAACGACAUCCGUCUGCUGGCUUCGGGCCCCCGCUGUGGUCUCGCGGAGCUGCUGUUGCCUGAAAACGAACCUGGAUCCUCUAUUAUGCCUGGUAAAGUGAACCCGACACAGUGCGAGUCGCUGACGAUGGUGGCGGCGCAGGUGAUGGGCAACCACGUGGCGUGCACCGUCGGCGGCAGCAACGGACACUUCGAGCUCAACGUGUUCAAGCCCAUGAUCGUCGCCAACGUGCUGCGCUCCAUCAGGCUUAUUGGUGAUGGUUGCCAGGCGUUCAACAAGAACUGCGCUCAAGGCAUCAAGGCGAACGAGGCUCAGAUCUCCAAGAUCAUGCGCGAGUCUCUCAUGUUGGUUACAGCGCUCAACCCGCACAUUGGUUACGACAAGGCUGCACUGAUAGCCAAAACCGCUCACAAAGAAGGUGGCACUCUAAAAGAUACGGCUAUCAAACUAGGCAUCCUAACAGCGGAACAGUUCGACGAGUGGGUGAGACCUGAGGAAAUGUUGGGACCUAAGUAAACUGUACAAUAAUUACUAGGGCUACGUUACUAUAUUCAAUUUUAUAUCAAUAUAUUGUGUAUUUAUAGAAAAUAUCCAACGUGAAGUUCAAUUCAAACGGAAUUGACUAUGGUUUCCAUGUUUUUUUUUUCUUUUUUUAAAGUUCACAAGAACGGGACUUUUAUAAAACCUUUACGUUUUUAAAAUUGUAUUUUUUUAAAUUUCUUUAUUUUAUUUAUUCACAUUUUAUUUUACUGGUGCUAUACUAUGUUUUGACAGUCUCGGUCGCCUAGCGGUUUAGCACACCGCUUUACUUCCGAUGCUCGCGGGUUCGAUUCCUUGAACGGUACAAACCAUUUGUAUUCAUGACUAUGACUGUUUGUAUCGGUCUGGGUGUUUUCUAUGUAUGUUACUUAUAUAUUUAUAGUAAAAAUAUAUCUAUGUAUGUAUAUCUAGUAUCCAUAACACAAGCUCUGCUUAGUUUGGGACUAGAUGGCGCUGUGUGAAUUGUUCAGGGAUAUUAUUAUUACACUAAUAAAGCCAGUUUUAAUACAUCACGUUACAUACGUGAUAUAAAAUGGAAAUUUCUCGAAUUCAUACAACUUCAUCGAAAAUGCAAUCUUAUUUUUAAAUCCAAUGAAAUAUAUUAAAAUUUAAGAACAAAUACUGACAAGUUCUAAAUAAUAAAUAUCUGCAUUUAAGUUACCAAUAUGUGGCAUAAGCAUUCAUUGUAAAUAACAUUGCAUGACAGUUUCUAUUGCUGUCUGUUUAUAUCACGUCUUGUGUAAUGUUUUGGUCUGAAAUUGAGAUGUUAAAUUAUUUAUUUUGUUUUAGAUUGUUUACUAUUUUGAUCUUAUUAAAUAAUGCGA